UGUUCGUCGACGCAGAUCCCGCCCACACCGUGUUCAGCGUUGUUUAGGGACAUUAGGAAGAUGGCGGCUGCCCAGCUCUACUGUGUCUGCCGGCAGCCCUAUGAUUAUAACCUGUUUAUGAUCGAAUGCGACAUUUGUAAGGACUGGUUUCACGGCAGUUGUGUCCAGGUAGUGGAGCACUAUGCUGCCGAUAUUGAUGUUUACCACUGUCCCAACUGUGAGCCCAUCCAUGGACGCUCUCUGAUGAAAAAGCGUAAUAACUGGCACAGGCAUGACUACACCGAGCCAGAUAACGGCACGCGGCCGGUGCAAGCGGGAACUGCUGUGUUUGUAAAGGAACUUCAGGCCAGGAGCUUCGCCAGCGGCCAUGAAAUUCUGGUGCAUAUGCAUGGGAGUCAGGUGACUCAACAGUACCUGGAGAAAGAGGGCUUCCAUUACCCCAUAGUGGUGCCUCAACUGGAUGGACUGGGCCUUAAAUUGCCCCCUCCAUCUUUUUCUGUCAAAGAUGUGGAGCAUUACGUGGGUGCCAAUAAAGUUAUCGAUGUCAUUGAUGUUGCGAAACAAGCGGACAGCAAGUUGAAGCUGGGAGAGUUUGUGAAAUAUUUCUACCAGCCCGAACGGCCCAAAGUGUUAAACGUUAUCAGCUUGGAGUUCUCGGAUACAAAGAUGGCUGAUUUGGUGGUUGUUCCGGAAAUAGCGCAGAAGAUGUCCUGGGUGGAGAACUACUGGCCCGACGACUCGUUCUUCCCCAAACCAUUCGUGCAGAAGUACUGUUUGAUGGGAAUGAAGAACAGCUACACAGACUUUCACAUCGACUUUGGAGGAACAUCAGUGUGGUACCAUGUGCUUUGGGGUGAAAAGAUUUUCUACUUGAUCAAGCCGACUAAGGCUAACCUUGCACUAUAUGAGUCGUGGAGCUCAUCGCAUAAUCAGAGCGAAGUAUUCUUCGGCGAUAAAGUCGACAAGUGUUACAAAUGUGUGGUGAAGCAAGGAUCUACCGUCUUCCUUCCCACUGGUUGGAUCCACGCAGUGCUCACCUCUCAGGACUCCAUGGCGUUCGGGGGGAAUUUCUUGCAUAACUUAAACAUUGACAUGCAGCUCAGGUGUUAUGAGAUGGAACGUAGACUGAAGACUCCAGACCUCUUUAAAUUCCCUUACUUCGAGGCCAUCUGCUGGUAUGUGGCCAAAAACCUUCUGGAGACCAUGAAAGAGUUGCGGGAGGAUAAAUGUCAUCCUCAGGGUUUUCUGGUGAACGGAGUAAAAGCUUUAAUCUCCUCACUGAGGACAUGGCUGAGGAGAGAGCUGACUCAACCAAACAGUGAGGUUCCCGAUAAUAUCAGGCCAACACAUCUUAUUAAAUCUCUGACUAAGGAGAUCCGCUACCUGGAGGAAGAUCCGAAUAAAUUUGGAAAAUCUCAGGAAAGUGCAGAGUGCCCAUUAACACGCUCAUCACUGGAGAGGGGUUGUCAGGCACAGCGGGCGGCACGCCGGCUACAUCGUCAUCGGCAUCAUCAUGAUCAUCACAGCCACAAACAUCCAUCUAAUCUGGACGUCCUGGAGCUUCACACGCUGGAGGUGCUCAAGAGACUGGAGGUCGGACAGCUGAAGGAGGAUCCAGUCUUUAACUCCAAAGUGAAUGGCAAGUUCAAGAAAGUUUCUUCAGCGUCUGCUGUGGCUGUUGAGGGUAAUAAUGAUAAUGCCCUGCGUCUGGUGCUGUGUAAUGGUAAAAUUAUGAGAGAGAGGCUGUCUGUUAGUAAUAGGGUGACCAAAGACAUUGGUGUGGAAAAGUCGCAAUGCCAUCAACGUGAGGUGAAGUUGGAAAGAUUGUCCGUACACCCCCAACAAGAAGUGAAAAAAGAACAAACAGAAGAGGAUAUUGGAGUAUGUUGCACUAUCAAGGAAACAAUCAGCCAUGGUGAAGCUGUGAAGAAAGAACUCAGGACAGAAUCGUCACAACACGUAGCAUCAUCAGACACAGACUCGGAGUCAGACGCAGAACAUACUGCUGAGAAACACACAUCAGAGUCGGAGAGUUCUGAAGAUGAAGAUGACGGACACCAGAGAGACUCAGGGAGCGGCCAGCGGCACAACCAUCAUGAGCGGUCACUAAAACGAGAACGUCCUACCUCACCAAACACUCAAAAUGCCAUUCAGGGCAUGCUGUCAAUGGCGGGGUUGCUGUGUCGGCAAGAGUCCGAAGAGGGCGCUAUUCUACAGCAGCCUUGGUGGUCCAGCCAGGGUAGUAGCAGUUGUAACAGUAGCAGCAACAGUAGCAGCGACGCGUGGGACAGCAGCGAGCCCUGUUCGGCACCAAGAACCCCAGACGGAGAGGGAGGAAGUCUCCAUCUGGGAGAUGUGUACUUGUACAGGGAGAGCUCAGUUUCUCCUCCACUCCAUCCCUCCAAGAGACAGGCCCCUAACCCCACACCCAUCAGCAACCAGGCCACUAAAGGAAAGCGUCCUAAGAAAGGACAAGCGACAGCUAAACAGAGGCUGGGGAAGAUAUUAAAGAUGAGCCGCCAUAAAGGCUUGUUCCUGUAGCACGAUGCCACGUGUAAUAAAUCAGCUGCUUUUCAUAAUACGCUGGGAUUAUCAUCACACACACAGUUCUCUAACUCACUGUGCAUGUAUAGGUCACAGGGUAUGUUUAAUGGCUCACACUCAUUUUUGUAUACCAGUCAUUAUCCAUCAACGCAGGGAAAACUUUGUUUGGAUAACGAAAACGACAGCCAAAAGUUUCAUAAGAAAGCAAAGUGAACUGUUCAAUGGAGCUUCAGAUAACAGGUAAAUCAGCUCACUUGUUGGAUUUACAAAGAGGACAUCACCACCCCGCAGGUGUGUUUCCUUCUCUCCCCAACCCUACCUCCAAUUGCAUCUGUAGCGCGAGAGCACAGGUGCCUGCAUAGACCCUGACAAUGGGACCGUCAUCGAUUCGUCAUUCCUCCAAGUCGUUUUGAUUCAUAUUCACCUCUUUCUCCUUUGAUUGUCUCAGGCUGAUGUAUUGUGGUUUAAGGCUGAGGUGUUGAAAUGGUGCUAAACAUUCAUCCUUCACUAACCCCUUUGCCCCUAUAAGCAAUAAUUGUAUGGCAGUGAGUGAUGAUGUGUUGAUUUAGUGGAUGCAACGUUCGCAUCAAACGUAACAUUAUAGGAUAAAUGUAAUUUCUAUUUAAAAGUAUAGUUCAUGUCAUCAUUUUUUUUAACUAUAAAGUUGUUACAAACCUGUUUGUUUGUUUUGCUGGACACAGAGUAAGAUAUACUAAAAAAAAAUUUUAGAGCACCAUUGACUUCCAUAGAAUUUUUCUUAUCAACAAUGGAACUCAAUGGUGCUUCUGUUUCCUGCUUGAUUACAAAUAUCUGUGUUCAGCAAAAACAAAGAAAUUUGUAUAGGUUUGUAACCGUUUGAGGGUGCGUACAUGGUGGCAUAAUUAUCAUUUUUGGGUGAACUAUCCUUUUAAAGGGUUUGUACAAGUUAAACUCUUUUGACUGUUUUUGUGGCAUGCUGUCGAUUAUAAUUGAAAAAAUAAUUUGAAUUUGUAAAUGAAUCAAAAACGUAUGAUGCUUAUAUAAUAAUGCUAUAAACAAAGUAUAAUUUGCUCUUGGUAUUAUUUGUACGAUUAUUGUGUGUGAUAAUGUAUAGCAUGCCAUAUACCGUCAAUAUACCUUAACUUGUAUUAACCCCAGAAUAUUUUUAUUUCAGAGAGAUUUGAGACAAACAUUGCAUAUAGUGUCACAAAUUCACUUGUCUAGUUGGCUUCACCUAGUGGUUGUAAAUGGGGACUGCAUCUUACAAUGCAGCAUUUGAAAUACUUUGUGAUGUAGUUUGCAAGGGCUGAAUAUGCUUGCCAUGUGAUUGACAAUGAUCUAUAGCUUAUUCUGCUUAAUUUAUGUUCUGUGUAGCUUGUUUUAAAUAUUUUUUUGACUGGAUGACUUUAUUUAUUAAUUUUAAAGAUAUAAGGAGGUAUAUUGCGAUUUAAGGUUUAUUGGUUUUCUUUACAUUUGAUAUUUUUGUAAAUACGAUUUUGAAUGAUUAACAAGCUUUCAAGUUCACCUUUACAGAUUUUGUAGUUAACACAAAUUCAUUUGACUAGCUUUAAAAAAUUAGAUUUUGCUUUGUUGUCUUUAUAACCUAUUGAAAUGGAACAAAAGUGGGGGAAAAUAUUGUGGUGCUUGUGUGGGAAUUUCGAGGAGAGGCUAUGAAUUGUUUUCUCAGGGAACAACAGGUGACAUCUUUUGAAUUCAUCACCAGCACUGUCAUACAAUCUCACGAUGUUUUGUACUCGUCUCCCAACAAAUCCGCCAACAGUAUAUAUAUAUAUAUUCAUUUAUUGUGCUUUUUGUUGGUCUAUUUUGUGUAAAUCUAAGACCAAGACAAUUUUUCCCCACUGUACCGUGUCAAAUAUAAUUGUGAGUUUGUGAGAGUUUUCGAAUAGAAUAGCGCCGCUGUUUUGGAAGAGGUGCGUUGGUUCGAAAUGCACUAUUUUGGAUUUUGAGGACUUGAAUUGGAUAAAUGAUUAAACUCAGGCUUUGUUAGUUUUGAGUUGUGUUCAUCUACAUGUGUUUUGUAACAAAAUAUUCCUCUGUUCCACACAUGAACCUUAAUGCAGCCUUUUAAAAAAAACUAAAAAGUGUAUUUCUGAAGGCAAACAGCAUGUCUCAAUCAUAAAUGAUCAGUAGAUCUGGUUUCCUUUGCAUUGAUGCAUUAAUUGUACAGUAUUUAUAAAGUUCUUGCAUUUUCAGCUGUGGUAUAGACUUGAGAGUUAACGUCACUGUGUUUUCGGAUUCUGUGUUCUGUUCCUCUUUUUCCUGAGUUCUCUUUGAAAGUUUUGGAUGUUUUUGAUUUUCUCCAAUGCAAUGUAAAUAUUAUGAUGAGGGAAAAAUGUUUUGUAGAUCACACUGUUUUCCAGUUCCCUUUACCAGAUGUUAGAUGAUAAAAACACUGUUCUACUGAUAAACAUUCAAGACUCA